UGUAUGGGACCUGGGUUUUCUCUUGUGGAGCAGCAGCUGCAUUGGAGCCUGUCGGUUCUUCGAUCUCAAAUUUGGGCGUUAGAUAGCAAAACCAUCCCUCGAGCGCAACAAUGGCGGACAAGGCGGUAACUAUCAGGACAAGGAAGUUCAUGACCAACAGGCUUCUCUCCCGGAAGCAAUUCGUUAUUGAUGUCUUGCAUCCAGGACGAGCCAAUGUUUCAAAGGCUGAAUUAAAGGAGAAAUUAGCUAGAAUGUACGAAGUGAAGGACCCGAAUUCGAUCUUCGUUUUCAAGUUUCGCACCCACUUUGGUGGUGGAAAAUCUACGGGAUUUGGUUUGGUCUACGACUCUGUUGAGAAUGCUAAGAAGUACGAGCCUAAGUACAGACUCAUUAGGAACGGACUUGACACCAAGGUAGAGAAGUCGAGGAAACAGAUGAAGGAGAGGAAGAACAGAACCAAGAAAAUCCGCGGUGUCAAGAAGACAAAGGCUGGUGAUGCCGGGAAGAAGAAAUGAGAAUGCUCGUGUCCGGAAGAAGGCUGUGAUGACUUUGGUUUCUUCGGAGGUGGUCGCUUGCUUUGUAGGUUCCUUUCAAGAUUCUGUCUUUUGUCCCCGAUUUUGGAACAUACCCUUUGGUUACACAUAAUUUUUCAUUAAACGUCGAAUCAUAUUCAGAAAAUUGUUUUUGUUCCAUAUUAUAUGGUUUUUUAUAUGUGACGUUAUAGUAUA